AUGGGUCCGGGAUGGAAGAAAACAGGAACCGUCGUCGUUUCUAAUGAGAAUCUUGGCCGUUCCAAACAAUCCAGUUGUGUUUUUCAUGACUUUUUCAAUCAUCAGUACCAAAAUAUUUAUUUUCACCAUCUCAUCACUCAUCCACUUCGGAACGCCCAUCAACAAUACCAAGCAGAAGUAGAGAAUUUUGUCCAUAACAACAAUAUUCAACAACAAGUGGACAAGGAAGAUGAAUUUCUGAACAGCAUGACGAAUGAACUACUCAACAACUCCUCCGAUGAAGACAAGCCACUUGAAAUCCCCAGUCACGCAUUUUCAAGCAUCAUAAAAGAUGAACACUCUUUCGAAUCGGGAAAACAUUCCCUAUUGAGCGAGUCAGCGAUUUCAGGUACUGCCUAUGACCAUAGAAGAGUUUUAUAUUCUCUCUAUGUUCAAAAUUUUCCAAGAAAUGAUGAUUUGGAGCUGAGUGCAUCAACUCCAUCGAUAUCCGGCCAAAGUACACAUGUGAAAUAUGAAAUACCACAUCAAAUUCAAUUUUAUUACGGAAAAUCAGUUCACAAGUUGAGUGAUUGGACAAAUGUGAUGCGAGGUUCUCACAGAAACCUAAACGAGUUGAACUUUUUGAAAGAUUUAUUUCUUAAUACUUUAUUUGUUUUUCCAGAGAAAAGAGAGGAGGCUCUUGAAAAAUUAAGAGCGCAUCAUGCUCGUGUUCCUACAAACAAACUGUCACAAAGUUACCCUAUAUCUAUUGAAGAUUUGUCCACUUUCUAUGAUACGUUCAAAGUUUUUAAUUCUACAGAGCUCGAAUACGAAAAAAUUCGAAAUUUAAGGAUUGAUUGUAAAACACAGCUCAUGUUCAUUCUCUCACAACCACAAUUCAGGCAUUUAGAUGAAAUUAGAGAGAUCUAUAGGUCUGUGUCAAUAGAAGAGGGCAUUGAUCCUCCUCAAAAGAUUGCAAAUCAAAUGAUGUCUUCCAUUACCAAUCUCUCUGCUUCCAAUAGCCCAACAAAAAGUUUGUGCAUUGAAGAAAUUAAGGCAAUUUAUUCACAAAUACCUAAUCCCAACACGAAAAUUCAACACAGCUUACUUCAUGGCUAUGCUAAAUUCGGUAUGCUUAAGGAAAUGGAAGAGUUGUUCGAGAAAAUUGAAGUUAAGAAUGGAUACACAUAUUCUAUUCUUUUGUACGGGUAUUGCAUUGCUCGAAGAUUUACAAAAGCUCUCAAUGUUUUCUGCCGUAUUUCAAAACCAGUCCCAGAACAUCUGCAAUUGGUCAUUGCUCUCUUCCUGCAAAUUGGUUUGGAUGGUCAAGCCGAAGGUUUGCUUCAAUCACUUCCCGAGUCAGCUCAUAAGGUGCGACUCACCAAUGAGCUCAUGGAUGUUUAUACCAAUGCAAAUGAUUUUAAUUCUGUGCACCGAAUAUUCACAUCGAUGGAGCAAAUGGAUUGCUAUAGCGUUGGAAUUGCUAUUAAUGCUAAACUGAAACAACAUUUACUCAAUGAUGCGUUAGAAAUUUUCGACAAAUACUGUAAGAACGGCCCUAUAGAAUGCAAUAGCGUGAUAUAUAACUCGUUACUUUAUGGAAUCUCCAAACAUUCAGAUCUUCGCAAAGCUCUGGCAUUCUUUGACAAAAUUCCUUCACAGUUCAAAAACGAAAAAACCUAUUCCAUCAUUAUAGCUUCUCUUGUUGCUGCAAAAGAUUAUGCAAAUGCUCAACGACUAUAUUUUGAAUAUCCUCAGUUCCAAUCCAUGCAUUCUCAUGCUAUCAUGAUUAAAUGUUUGACGGCAUUGGGAAAAUUUGAACAAGCAGAACAGAUAUUCCAAAAUGUAAAAAAACCUGACGUGACACUUUGCAAUAACAUGAUGGACGCGUAUGUGAAAAUGGGAAAGUUGUUACAAGCUCACAAACUUUUUAACAAAAUAUUCAAAAAAGAUAUUGCUAGUUACAAUAUUCUUCUUAGAGGAUAUGUGGAAUAUGGCAAAAUAGAGCGAGCAGAAUAUAUCUUUGAGAGAAUUCCAGAACCAGACUCUCAUACAUUUCUCACACUUUUAAAUGGAUAUACAGAAACAGGAAAUUUCAAUAAGGCGGAAAACUUUUAUGCAGCAAUACCAAAAGAAUUCAAGAAUGAUCACAUUCAUACCUGUAUGAUGAAAUUUUACACAAGAAGUGGAAUGAUUAGAAGAGUCGAAUAUUUCUACCGAAAAAUUUCAAAACCCAAUUUUAUAGCAGAUUCAUCCAUGAUGCAUGCUUACUUACAAGGACAAGAUUUCAACUCCAUGCGCCAAAUGUGGGAGAAUGUCAUUUCCAAACGCUAUGCAAAAAAAGAUUCAAAAAGAAAAUUUUUCGUUCAUCUCAUGGAAAAGAUGGCACUUGAAGAACAACACAUGAUGACCAUUCAACAACAAAAACACUCACAGUGCAAAAAAAUACUAUAG